UUGAUAAACGGCACCAUCUACGUGAUCCACACCGUGGGUCCAGUUGCCAGAGGUCAUGUGGGCCCUACGGAGGAGACUGAUCUUGCUUCUUGCUACCAAACCUCCCUUAAUCUGGUGAAGGAGAAUAAAUUGAGAUCUGUGGCCUUCCCGUGUAUUUCUACAGGCAUCUAUGGUUAUCCCAACGAGCCUGCGGCGGAGGUUGCCCUGAAAACAGUAAAGGAUUGGAUCAAAGAGAAUCCCGAUAAGAUCACACGGGUAAUUUUCUGUGUCUUCCUCGAGACUGAUUUCACCAUCUACAAGAAAAAAAUGGCUGCCAUUUUCCAAGACAAUGACACGGAGGCUGGAGAGGAGCAGCCACAGGGAGAUAACCCACCCCCAUCACCAAAACCCACAGCCCAGGAAACAAGUGAGGACAACAAAGGUAAAGAGGAAACUUGUAAUGAAGAGGAGGGUGACGAAGAUGGGGCGUCAAAAGAAGAUGUAUGGAUGGAGAGUCAAAACCGAGAUGAAGAUGAAGCUGGUGAGGUGCAAAAUGAAGAAGAGGGCAACGAGGUGGCUGAUGAUGACGAGGGUGAUAAAGAUAAGAAGAUCAAUGAGGACAAAGGUGAAGAUGACCCGAACCCUAAUAAUGAGGAAGUUGACAUGAACGACGCCAGCAGCGACCAACAACAUGAUAAAGAGAAAGCAGAACCUCCAUCUGAACCAAACGAUGUCGGCUCUGUGAAGGCCGAUGUGGAGAUAGAAGAUGAGUCUGACACUGGAACUGGCGAGGGAGGAGUGGAAAAUGUUGCCGAGACCUCAGAAGGAACCGAUUUGAGUAAAACCGAAAGCAGUCAUCCCAAAGACCCAGCUGAGAACACAAAAUGACCAACAGAGGAGAACAAUCAGCCUCAUCUGACAGCCAGCAAACUGUGCAAGGCCAGCCACACCGGUUUCAGACUGAGCCGUGUCAUGAUGGGCUCUGGCACCGACCCAGGACAACCAGUUCAUUACAAGAUGCUCACAUUCCCACCUUUUCUUUGCUUCCCCUCUCUCUGCUAGGAAACCUCUCUUCCCUCUAUGUACUGUAUGUAUAUGUAUGUACAAAACCUGACUACAGGACUUAAACAUAUCAACCAGAAAAGAUGAGCCAUACCUCACUGUGUGUUAGUCAUACAUCAUGUUGUCUGCAGGGUGCAGUGAGAUAAACCAGGUAUUUGAUGAAACCCACUGUGAGAGCACGGGCGAGCCGUCAGCGGCCAGCGCUCCGACCCGUCGACACUCCUGACUGGAUGAUGUUUAACACCGACCCUCCGUUAGGUCUUACUGCUCAAACAUUUCUUCAGCCAACACGACAACGACAGCGUUGUGAGGCCUCCGAAGCGCUCUGCUCUAACACCUAUCCCCUAACACUGGUGCAGCACCAGGUGAAAUCAGCCAAUAGCUUCAAGGCAACAUGAAAUUUCCAGGCAUUUCAUCUGUUAACAGUUCCAGAUCAUGCACGCAAACGAGGAUGUGAGUGUCUCCAGAAACCGAUUGGUUCUCUUCUUUUCCCUCUUCUUUCUCUGCCGUUUUCAGUGCAUGCCACAACAAACAUGCUUUAAAUUUCACCGACAUGAACAACAACUGCAGGCUUCUCCAGAUUGUCUAUAACUGUAUCGAGGGAAUCUGCCUUAUUUCAUAUCACAACAGAAAAGUCACAGAUGGCAGGAGGCGGUCCGAGUCUGAACUCUUGGCUUUGUGUUUUACUUCCAUCAUGUAAUGCUUAAACCUGUUGUUUUUAUCGCUUUUGGUUAUAAAAUACGUUUGAUUUAUUUUAAUUGUUGGGAUGACUCAUUUAUUUUUGGUGGUGCCAUACUAAAAAUCAGAACAACAACUCUAUGAAAUGAUGCCUUCAUACUUUGAUGUUUGCUUUGCUGAACUAUAACAGAAACGAUCAAUAAAGUUGAAAACAGAA